CCCGUCAGGAGAGAAGGAAAACCCGCGUGUCGUGUCGUGUCGCGCCGCGAUCGAGUAGCCCCGGCCGGGACGCUGCCCCGCGCCCGCAGCGCCGAGACCCGGCCGCGCCUUGCGCCCCGCCGUGAGGGGUGAUCGCGGGCAGAGCCGGGUAGCGUCACUGCGAUGGAGCCCGCGGAUGUAUGACAACAUGUCCACAAUGGUGUAUCUAAAAGAAGAGAAGUUGGAGAAGCUUACCCAAGAUGAAAUUAUUGCUAAGACAAAGCAAGUGAUUCAGGGACUGGAGGCACUGAAGAAUGAACACAAUUCAAUUUUACAGAGCUUACUUGAGACACUGAAAUGUUUGAAGAAAGAUGACGAAACUAAUCUGGUUGAAGAAAAAUCAAACAUGAUUCGAAAGUCACUAGAAAUGUUGGAACUUGGACUUAGUGAAGCACAGGUGAUGAUGGCCUUGUCAAAUCACUUAAAUGCAGUGGAAUCGGAGAAGCAGAAAUUGCGAGCUCAAGUUCGCCGGUUAUGCCAGGAAAAUCAGUGGCUGCGGGAUGAACUAGCCAAUACCCAACAAAAAUUACAGAAGAGUGAGCAGUCUGUGGCUCAGCUGGAAGAAGAAAAGAAACAUCUAGAAUUCAUGAAUCAGUUAAAAAAAUAUGAUGAUGAUAUUUCUCCAUCAGAAGAUAAAGACACGGAUUCCACCAAAGAACCCCUGGAUGACCUUUUCCCCAAUGACGAAGAUGAUCAAGGGCAAGGAAUCCAACAGCAGCAUAGCAGUGCGGCAGCAGCUGCCCAGCAAGGUGGUUAUGAAAUUCCAGCAAGGUUAAGGACCCUUCAUAAUCUUGUUAUCCAGUAUGCUUCCCAAGGUAGAUAUGAGGUUGCUGUACCACUCUGUAAACAAGCACUUGAAGAUUUGGAGAAGACUUCGGGUCAUGAUCAUCCUGAUGUUGCUACAAUGCUAAACAUACUUGCUUUGGUAUACAGGGACCAAAACAAAUACAAAGAUGCAGCAAAUCUUCUGAAUGAUGCCUUGGCAAUUCGUGAAAAGACUUUGGGCAAAGAUCAUCCAGCGGUGGCAGCUACUCUAAACAAUCUUGCAGUGCUUUAUGGUAAACGGGGAAAGUACAAAGAAGCUGAACCUUUAUGUAAGAGAGCUUUGGAGAUCAGAGAAAAGGUCCUGGGGAAGGAUCACCCAGAUGUUGCCAAACAGUUGAAUAACCUGGCCUUACUGUGCCAGAACCAGGGUAAAUAUGAAGAGGUGGAAUACUACUACCAACGGGCACUUGAGAUUUACCAAACUAAACUGGGGCCUGAUGAUCCAAAUGUAGCAAAAACAAAAAAUAACCUGGCAUCCUGCUAUCUAAAACAGGGCAAGUUUAAGCAAGCAGAAACUUUAUACAAGGAGAUUCUUACUCGUGCACAUGAACGCGAAUUUGGUUCUGUAGAUGAUGAAAAUAAGCCCAUCUGGAUGCAUGCUGAGGAGAGGGAAGAAUGCAAAGGAAAACAGAAAGAUGGCACAUCUUUUGGCGAGUAUGGUGGCUGGUACAAAGCUUGCAAAGUAGAUAGUCCAACAGUAACAACUACCUUAAAGAACCUUGGGGCACUUUACAGACGUCAAGGCAAAUUUGAAGCUGCUGAAACAUUAGAAGAGGCAGCAAUGAGGUCUCGUAAACAGGGUCUUGACAAUGUUCACAAACAGAGAGUUGCUGAAGUGCUAAAUGACCCUGAGAGCAUAGAAAAAAGGCGAAGCCGAGAGAGCCUCAACGUUGAUGUGGUAAAGUACGAGAGUGGGCCUGAUGGAGGCGAGGAAGUGAGUAUGAGCGUAGAGUGGAAUGGGGAUGGCACUGGAUCUUUAAAGCGCAGUGGUUCAUUUAGCAAACUUCGUGCUUCAAUUAGACGCAGCAGUGAGAAGCUGGUUAGAAAGCUGAAGGGAGGAAGUUCACGAGACAGUGAACCAAAGAAUCCUGGCAUGAAGCGUGCCAGUUCUCUGAAUGUUCUUAACAUGGGUGGCAAGGCUACUGAAGAUCGUUUUCAAGAACGAAAUAAUUGUCUGACAGACUCAAGAGCGCUGAGUGCCAGUCACACUGAUUUGGCACGUUGAGGUUCUUGGACAGAAGCUAGCUAAAAUUCCUUUGUGAAUAAAGAAGCACUGAGACUCAAAGCUUUGGUUCCUCCUCACUCACUAUAGGAACAUCUAGUUCAUAGACUGUUGCAAUGGACUCUUGUUUUUACUUUUCUAAACAGUGACUAUUUUAAAUAUAGCGUUAGGGAAUAUUUUCUUCUAAAGAAAACGUAUAUAUUGUUCGUUGCACUGCUAUCAGUCAUGUUACUUACACUGAUUUCUGUUAACAGAUCUGAAUUUCACAGCAGUCAGAAAUUGGAAAAAGACAACUCUUUACAAUGCAUUAACAUGCAACGGAGUAUAACAGCUUCCAACUGAUAUUUGAAAACACAGUAAAAAUGGAAUAUGUAGCAGUAAAUGUAUAUAGUGCUGGGACAAGAAAAGUAUAAAUGUGUGCAUUGCUGUAUAAAUUCCCAGCUGUGUGCUGUACUGCUGGGGGGCUUUCCCUUGCAUCACUGAUGGUCUCCACUCUAGAUACUUCAUGUAAAAAACAGAGCUGAAACAUGGGUUCCUUAACCAACAGGUCUAGAUACUACAUUUUGUCACCAAAACGGUUAGCUACCUUCACUCCUAGAAGGCAUAUACAGCAACACCACUAGCUUUGAAAUAAGGCACUUUUGUUGCAGAUUUUAAAGUAAUCAAUGGGGGGAGAGUAUAGGUUGUUCUGAUGGGGGGAGGGGAAAUAAUCAUUAUAACCUAUAUUUCAUACAGUCAGUGCAUAUUUAGGCUUUGGGUUGCAACUGUCCCAGAGCAGCUGCUGCUGCUAAGAUAAACUUCCCUGACUCAGGUUGCUAACUCUUUUCUUGCCUGUCCACUGGAGUUCUUAACUCUUAGCAGCCUUGUUGGGCUGGAAAUGCUCCUAAUUUUUCUCUGAUGAUCAAACUCUUGCCUCUUCCUGUUGAUGGCACCAGGAGCAAAUGAAGCAGGUGACUCUAGGCUGUUAUACUGUGAAGAGGACUACUUGUAAAACUCUGCUGAUGUUUGUUUAAGACAUGUGGGGGCCCCACUGAAAGCAUCAUGGCUUUAUCUAGUGGACAGAUCACACUUUUGAUCACCCACCCUUGGUUUUUUCUAUAUGCAAUGAAUAGAUCUGUUGUCUGCAUAUUGGAUUGCUGCUGGAACAGAGUAUAGAACAUCAAAGUAUUUUGUAGACACUAACAUUUUUGGUUUUGUUUUUCUAUGAAACAUGAUUUUUAAAUCAAAACAUUUAAGUUUUCAUCUUUUGCAAAGUUUUGCUACUUACAUGCAAGUUGGAGGAGAAAAUAAAUGUGUGUCUGUAUUUGUAAGUAUAGUUACGGAGCUGGAAAGUACAGAACAACAUUAACAUUGGAGAGAAGCUGGACUGCUAUGCCAAGAUCAGCCUAGCACCAAGGGAAGUGGGAUAGAAGGUGGCAACAACAUUUAUUUGUUUCGCUGUGAAACAGUCAUUAGAAUGAGAACUUUUUAAAUGUCAGAAUUUGACCAAUUUGCAUCUGGUUUUAAAAUGUACAAUGGCUGAUGCGAAAAGCUGUGUAUGUAAUGCACUUGACUGUGUACCAUGAGGUACUUCCUAAGCAUCUCUAAAGAAAAAACUGUUAGGUAGAGGGUAUGCUCACCAUGAAGACUGUUUUAACAUGCUGAGACAUGAUGCUGCUAAUGCAUAGAGAGUGUAGUGCAGAAUAGUGCAAUUCAUUGAUGAACCUGAGGGAGAACAAGUUAUUGCUCUACUCUUUUAGACAUAGCUAAAGGGGACUUGAGUUUUUUAAAAUUUUUAAAGAGGUUUUUAUAUAUUUUUUUUUUCCUUUUAGUAAUGUCUCAAACAUAUUUGUGGAUGAAUUCAAUGAUCUGCUCAAAGUCUGAAUGUCCAGCUCUGUAGGACUUGCUAGGCUGGGCAGACCUCUGGGACGGGCAGAUGGACGUCUUUCCUGUCGUGUGCUAGUUGCACAGGCUCACAGCAGAGAUCUCCACCCAGUUGCUGUCUGUCCUGUGGUCUGGAACGCCCUGUCCCUUUGGCAGUAACUGUGAGGGGUUUCUGGUGCGGUGGCACCUAAAAAGCUGUUGUUCCAGCACCUGCACAAAGCCAGUCCAGUAGGAGUGGCAUAGGGGAGAGCCUUGCUCAAGUCAUUUACACAGAAUAAGAUGUUUCAGUCCUGGGAAGAGCCUCUAUAGGAGCCUGACUUCCUAGAAAUUGAGCUAGUCUGACCCAAACAGGUCAUUUCUCAGUGCAAUCUAAGAACUUGCUUCCAAGCCUUUGUCUUUCAAAUAUGAAUGAAAAUAGUUUUGAAACCUCUUAUCACAACUGGAAUUUGUGUAAAUAGAAAUUGUUAGAUGUAUUGAAACAUAGGUUGGGCUAGCAAAAAUAGGACUAUUGUUAUGUUUUUGACAACUGACGGCUGUAGUACGGAGCUUCGAGUGUGGGGAACCUUGUUAUUUUAGGUUUUUAAAUAGCCCUUGUCCUCCUGAGCUUUCAAAUGUGUCUGGAGUGCUUACAAAGAAUUCUUGCAGGGGAUGAUGAGCAUAAAAUGUAGGCCUGUAACCCAUCAGACAAAACCGCUCCUGUGUCUGUUUGCAGAAGUGUGUAAUGCUUGCUCAUGCCCCUGUUCAGAGACACAUGAAUCUCAAGGCACUGUUCUUUCUUAACACACAAACCCCUAUAACAGUAGCCAAAUGAGAGAAACUGUUGAACAGCACUACAGUGUUCAUCUUAAGCCAAUAUGCUACUUGCAGGUAAGAGAAGAACUUUGUAAAGUCUGAAAAUAGAUCUUAGCCUCAGUUUCUUCUUGUGUUUAAAUUAUUAAAAACUCACACAUCUAUUCUGAGUGGCUGUCUGAAUUUACCUGGUUUGGGCAGAAACAUUUCCAUUUUCAGUUUGUUAUAUUCCCUGCCCUGCUCCAGUUCUAGCUGACCCCAUGAUGGAUGCCUGGGUUGUGACUGGAGGAUGGUUCCUGGAUCUUGCUGACCAAAAGCGAAUAGUUAGACCCUCUGAAUUGAAUGAAGUAGAGGGAAGGUGCGAACCCUGUGCAGCACUUCCCUGCCCUGGUCCCUGCUUGCUCAGUAUAGUGGGGUCAACUAAAAAAUUGAAGAUGGAUCAUUUUAAAGAGGGCCAGUUUCUUCUAAUUCUUCCUAUGCUACAUCAGAGUUGUUUCUUCUUAGGAUUUAAGUUAUGAAAGUAUCAGACAUAAGAGAUUAAUGAUCCAAAGGUGCUCAUCACCCCUGCAUCUUUCCUGUCACGUACUAGUUGCUAGCAGUACUGCCAGCAUUUUUCUUGAGUUAAGAUCCAACGAAAUACUGUAAAUGUGGCACUCUCUCUCAUAACUGUUAGCUUCCUUUUGGGAUUUUUGAUCGAACAAAAGGUUUAUUUACCGUUGAUCCUCAGCAAAGCAUUUAAAACAAACCAUGGAGACCAGAUUUAGAUACAUAGAUUCAUAGAUGUUAGGGUCGGAAGGGACCUCAAUAGAUCAUCAAGUCUGACCCCCUGCACAAGCAGGAAAGAGUGCUGGGUCUAGAUGACCCCAGCUAGAUACUCGUCUAACCUCCUCUUGAAGACCCCCAGGGUAGGGGAGAGCACCACCUCCCUUGGGAGCCCGUUCCAGACCUUGGCCACUCGAACUGUGAAGAAGUUCUUCCUAAUGUCUAGUCUAAAUCUGCUCUCUGCUAGCUUGUGGCCAUUAUUUCUUGUAACCCCCGGGGGCGCCUUGGUGAAUAAAUCCUCACCAAUUCCCUUCUGUGCCCCCGUGAUGAACUUAUAGGCAGCCACAAGGUCGCCUCUCAACCUUCUCUUGCGGAGGCUGAAAAGGUCCAGUUUCUCUAGUCUCUCCUCUUAGGGCUUGGUCUGCAGGCCCUUGACGAGUUGCCCUUCUCUGGACCCUCUCCAGGUUAUCCGCAUCCUUCUUGAAGUGCGGCGCCCAGAAUUGCACGCAGUACUCCAACUGCGGUCUGACCAGCGCCCGAUAGAGGGGAAGUAUCACCUCCCUGGACCUAUUUGUCAUGCAUCUGCUGAUGCACGAUAAAGUGCCAUUGGCUUUUCUGAUGGCUUUGUCACACUGCCGGCUCAUGUUCAUCUUGGAGCCCACUAGGACUCCAAGAUCCCUUUCCACUUCCGUGCCACCCAGCAGGUCAUUCCCUAGGCUGUAGGUGUGCUGGACAUUUUUCCUCCCUAGGUGCAGCACUUUGCAUUUCUCCUUGUUGAACUGCAUCCUGUUGUUUUCUGCCCACUUGUCCAACCUAUCCAGGUCUGCCUGCAGCUGUUCCCUGCCCUCCGGCGUGUCCACUUCUCCCCAUAGCUUUGUGUCAUCUGCAAACUUGGACAGAGUACAUUUCACUCCCACGUCCAAGUCGCUGAUGAAGACAUUAAAGAGUAUCGGUCCAAGGACCGAACCCUGCGGGACCCCACUGCCCACACCCUUCCAGGUCGAGACCGACCCAUCCACCAUGACUCUCUGGGUGCGACCCUCCAGCCAAUUCGCCACCCACCAGACUGUGUAGUCAUCCACAUCACAGCCUCUUAACUUGUUCACCAGUAUGGGGUGGGAUACCGUAUCGAAGGCCUUCCUGAAGUUUAAGUAUACGACAUCCACCCCUCCUCCUGUGUCCAGGUGUUUCGUAACCUGGUCAUAAAAAGAGACUAGAUUAGUCAGGCACGAUCUGCCCGCCACAAACCCAUGCUGGUUUCCCCUCAGCAUAAUUUGCCCUGCGGGGCUCUCACAAAUGUGAGAAAUACCUUCUCAUUGCACUGCUUUUGCUUUUUUUUUGCUUCCUUUUAUAGCUAAAUGAUGGUAAUUCACGAAGGUUAAAGCUUGACAAAUAUCUAUGGUUAAACUGUACAGUUAAUUCCACUGAUUUUGAAAACAGGAAACAAGGUAUGGCUGCGUUUUGUGUGUGUGUGUGUGUGUGUUGUUAAAUGGGGCAGGCAGCGAUUCUCCAAAAGUGCGUUUGUGGGGUGAUAGGUUCAAAGCGCACAGUUUAGGUUUUGUUACACAAGUCAUUGACUUUGAUCUGAAAGCUGCUAGGAGUCAAGUCGGGUUCUUGUAUUUCCACGGCUGCUGAACCUGAAGGAAUACGAACCGCACGGAAGGCAAGAUGUUUACAGUUCUGCUGUACAGACUUUGCAUAUCGUACAAAUGCACAUUUGAAAUAUUGAUACAGAUGCUCUUUUAAAACUGGUUAGUUUGGGGGGAAUUGUGAUGCUUUAAACUCGAUUACUUUGGGGCAUUUGCUGCCUCAGUACUUCAAAUGGUAAUAAUCAUCGGGGGAGGGGUUUGUUAAAGGCUUUUACAAGGCUAACUAGUCACCCAUGCAUGUAUUAAUUAAGCUCAGAAGGUCUAAGGUACAUGCUUUUGAGAAAAUGAAGGCUUGUGUUGAUAGACAAAUGGCAAAACUGUUUAUAUCCCAUUAAUUUGUUAUAGCUUCCAGAUAAACAGUAUUAAAAAAUCAUAGCUAAAUUUCAGUUAUCGCUAUAGCUACAUCUUAGCACUGAAAUGACCUAGGACUGCAUAUUUGGAAAUUUAAUUAUACAACAGCAAAAGCCAAAUUAGAUUUGAGUUGCAUACAGUUUGGGAUAAACAUGGUGAAAAUUUCUAAAAUAAAAAUGAGAAAUCUUUGGGGUCUCUACAUUCAUCGGAUGUGUUGUUCUUGAAUUUAUGGCUGCAAGUGUUUGUUUUCUUUUUAUUUGAAAUGUAUGUAAAUGUCUUACAGAAUUUGGAGACUAUAUAUAGUACAAUAGUCAAACAGAGCUGAGGCUCUAUGAGAUCACAGAGUAUUUUGUGUAUCUGUGGGAUGAGAGAGCGAUAGCAUCCUGAAAGAUAAUCAUGGCACUUUUUCUUUUUAGGAAGAACUGACAAAGAUUUUUAGUUUUCAAAUGUGCGGACUGGAUUUAUAAAAACAAACGAAUGAACAGAAAACCCACCUAGUUUAAAAUCUUCCAAGACUGAUUUCAGGGCUUUGUAUCUCAGUCACUGAGUAUCUUACCCUUUGUUACAAGUGCUGACGGAGAACAGGAUUCUGAUUUCAGCUGAGGAGAGAGAAGAACUAAAAAGCUUCUUUUAAAAAAAACCCUUAAAUGUAAGAGCAGUAAUUCACUGAGAUUUAAACACAGAACUUGGUAUGAAAUAAAAAUUGAGGCUUUUUAGCCAGCUCUAUUUUUUGUGUGUGUGUGUGUGUGUGUGUGUGUGACAGACACUAGUUUUGUAAUGCACUUUUCCUUAUGACCGUCAUUUUCUUUGCAGAGAACAAUAAUUUUGUCUUGCAGUUCUAGUUUUCAAAAGCAACCUGUUCCAAGAAGUGCAUAUUGUGUUUUCUUUGAACGCCUCUUGUUUGUAUCUUGUUACAGAGCUGUGGUCUGAUUUGAAGCUGUUUAGACAUUUCUAAAGUGUUGUGUAGCAUUUAUUUGCAAAGUGCAAAAAUAAAAUAUUUAAAUGGAGUCUUAACAAUAGUUCUAUAUGUUAAAUUGGGCAUGUUUGUGCAUUUUUGAAUGUAAAUCAUGUAAAGCACGUAGUGUGGACUUUUCCUGUACAGAAGCAAACCUCAGUUGUGAAACCCAAAGAUGAAUAAAGUUGUACGAAGGGAA